GGAUCGCGCCUGCGCGGUGGGGAGCUGCUCGCAGCUCCCGCUCGGCCUUGGGCUGGCUGGCUGCAGUCUCGGUUUGAGCGCGGCCGAAGCGGCUGGCUCGCUUAAGAUGAAGUUUCUGCUAGUUCUCCUGGUGGCGGCGGCGGCGGUGAUCCGGAGCGAUGCCUCGGCCAACCUGGGCGGCGUGCCUAGCAAAAGAUUAAAGAUGCAGUACGCCACGGGGCCGCUGCUGAAGUUCCAGAUUUGUGUUUCCUGAGGUUAUAGGCGGGUGUUUGAGGAGUACAUGCGGGUUAUAAGCCAGCGGUACCCAGACAUCCGCAUUGAAGGAGAAAAUUACCUCCCUCAACCCAUAUAUAGACACAUAGCAUCUUUCCUGUCAGUCUUCAAACUAGUAUUAAUAGGCUUAAUAAUUGUUGGCAAGGAUCCUUUUGCUUUCUUUGGCAUGCAAGCUCCUAGCAUCUGGCAGUGGGGCCAAGAAAAUAAGGUCUAUGCAUGUAUGAUGGUUUUCUUCUUGAGCAACAUGAUUGAGAACCAGUGUAUGUCAACAGGUGCAUUUGAGAUAACUUUGAAUGAUGUGCCUGUGUGGUCUAAGCUGGAAUCUGGUCACCUCCCAUCCAUGCAACAGCUUGUUCAAAUUCUUGACAAUGAAAUGAAGCUUAAUGUGCAUAUGGAUUCAAUCCCACAUCAUAGAUCAUAGCCCCACCUAUCAGCACUGAAAACUCUUUUACAUUAAGGAAUUUUUUGCAAGAGCAGCGUGACUGACAUUAUGAAGGCCUGUACUGAAGACAGCAAGCUGUUAGUACAGACCAGAUGCUUUUUGGCAGGCUCGUUGUACCUCUUGAAAAACCUCAAUGCAAGACAGUUUUUCAGUGCUGGCACAUUUUGGAAUUCUGCACAUUCGUGGAGUGCAAUAAUACUGUAUAGCUUUUUUUUCUUCCCCAAAUCUACUCAGUUAACAGUUUUUAAAAAAUGUAGACAUUACCACUUGUACCGUUUUUUUCCUUAGUCAUAUUUGGAAAAGUAGAAAAUGGAGUUACAAUUUGACUUUCUUUUCAAAGAUGUCUGUUAAAUCUGUUGUGAUUUUAUAUGAAUUUUCCUUUUUUAUAGUUUAAAAUUGAUCUUUUUGGGAAUACAGCUGAAGUUCCCAAAUACUUUAUAAGAGUAUAUCAGGCAUCUUUAAUUUGGUCAUUUCCAAUUUAUAGUUUUCAAAAUACUGCAGAUUGUGAACAGUGCAUUAUAUGAGAUUAUGGGGGGAAAUCCUAUAUCCAGAGUACUCUACCAGUUUGUGUGUAUGUGCGUGUGUGCGUGUGUGAUUACCAGAGAAUUACUAAAAGACCAACUGCUUUUUAAAUACUGUUAAUGUAGUUCAAAUGUCUUGCCUUGACCAAUCUAAUGAGUUGAUUAACUGGGCCUUUAUACUUAACUCAAUAAAAAACUAAGCAGA